AUGUGGAUGGAAGCACGCGACGUCCCAUCACUCAAUUCAUUCGCAACCCAAUGUCCGUACAGUGCAAUACCGACCGACCUAGAGAACAAGGGCUUGCUCGCCCCGUCUGCGCACAUAGACCACGAGUUGGUGCCGACUGAUGGGAACGUUACGUCCAAAUCAGUCAUCUAUGUCACCGCAUCCACUGGUGCCCUCGAUCCUGUUCACCAGCCAUGGGGGACGAGCCACAGAUUACACGGAAUCAGGCACGCUAAGGACCUACCCGGUAGGUAG